GCCCGAGGGUUAUAAAUCCGCGGGAGGCGCUUUCAUGGGCGGCCGUGUGAUUGACAGCCCCUCGGUGACAUCACCGGACGACAAAAAGAGUCGUCGGCCGAGGGGAAGGCGCCAAUCAAACGCAGCACUUCUGCAGUGGCGCACGACGCGCCCACACGACUCCACUCCACAGCGCACCAAAUUCGAUUUCUCCCUUCUAAAACAUUUCCACGCUUUUUCGUGCUUGGAAAGAUGUUCCACCGAGACUCUUUAUACUUUGAUCGCUCCUUUUUGCGCACACACGCUUCCUCGUGACGAGAACGCAUUUUUGUUUUUGUUUUUUGUGCGUCAGCGUGCGUAAAAAGACGCAUCCGAAGCAAGCCGACGAGUGUGACAUUAUGUACGCGAGCGGACAGGUGAGGGUGUCGGACUGUCUGUCUGUGGUCCUCCGCGGAGAAGCAGCGUGGAUUUAACGCGACUUCAUGUGGACUUUAUCGGAACCCAACGGUGGAACGACGACCGGACACAGCGCUUCCUCGUCAGGGACUGACUGAUCAUGGUCGCCGUGGUCGGCUCUCUCAUGGUACUGCUUCUAGCUCAGGUGUUGAUGGAAGGCGCAACGGGACUCAUCCCCGAGGUGGGCCGAAGACGGUACAGCGAGUCGGGGCGGCACAGCCCGCAGCAGUCGGCGGGCGCCCUGCACGAGUUCGAGUCACGGCUCCUUAGUAUGUUCGGCCUGAAACGCAGGCCGACCCCAGGCAAGCAUGCCGUGGUGCCGCAGUACAUGGUGGACCUGUACCGCAUGCACUCGGCCAACGGAGACCACAGCGUCCGCCGGCCCAGGAGUAUGGGAAGGCACGCCGAAAGGGCAGCCAGCGAAGCCAACACGAUUAGAAGCUUUCACCACGAAGAGUCUAUGGAGGCCUUGGCCAGCCUGAAAGGCAAAACCACCCAGCAGUUCUACUUUAACCUCACUUCCGUCCCCGAGGAAGAACGCAUCACCUCGGCGGAGCUUCGCAUCUACAGAGACCAAGUUAGGGGAGUCGCUGCCGCCACCCCCGACAACAGCUCCGCAAAUGUCAGCUUGGCGGCCGCUGGCUUCCAUCGCGUCAACAUUUACGAGAUAUUCGGGGCACCCAAAUCUGGCGGUGGGGAGCCUCUAGUUCGCUUGCUAGACACCCGGCUGGUGAAAGACUCUUACAGCCGGUGGGAGAGCUUUGAUGUUAGUCCCGCUGUGUCUCAGUGGACCUCCGGGAAAGGUCACAAUCACGGCUUCAUGGUGGAGGUGCACCACCCAGAGGACGGGCAGGCAAGCAGUGAGCACGCCCAGAGACGCGCUAAGCACGUGCGUGUGAGCAGGUCCCUGCACCGAGACCAGGACUCGUGGCUUCAAGCCAGGCCCUUGCUGGUGACCUACGGCCACGACGGGCGCGGGGAAUCAGUGCUGCACACGCGGGAAAAGCGCCAGGCCACGCUCCGCAAACAGCGGCGGAAGCACCAGCACAAAGCCAGCUGCAAGAGGCACGCGCUUUACGUGGACUUCAGUGACGUGGGCUGGAACGAGUGGAUAGUGGCGCCACCUGGCUACCACGCCUUUUACUGCCAAGGGGAGUGCCCCUUCCCCCUGGCAGACCACCUCAAUUCCACCAAUCACGCCAUUGUGCAGACGCUCGUCAACUCUGUGAACUCAAACAUUCCCAAGGCGUGCUGCGUGCCCACCGACCUGAGCCCCAUAUCCCUGCUUUAUCUGGACGAAUACGAGAAGGUCAUCCUUAAAAACUACCAAGACAUGGUGGUCGAGGGAUGCGGCUGCCGGUGAAAAUGGGACGCGUCGGAAAAAGUACGAAAAAGACACAAAGGUUAUGAUGGACACCCGGUUUCCCAAUGAAGACAUUAUUUAUAUGAACAGACACAAACAGAGCUAUCCUGGAAGAAGAAUGAAAAAAACAAAACAAUAUAUGAAUAUAUUUAUGUCUACGUAAAGUUGGGAAAUAAAUAUUUUAAUCAGAGGAAUAUAUUCCUUUUACUGGUUUUGAAAAUGUAUUUCUGAUGUACAUUUCCGAAUGGGUGCAAUACCACAUGAAGUAUAAUGCUCAGAUUUUUAUUUUGUAUUUAUUUCUAUUAUAACCACUUUAUUUGUAAAUAAAUGUGUAUUUAUCGUGAGAAAACA